AUCAACAGCGAUUUAUGUGAAGGUAGCCUGCAGAGAUUGCGAUCGAGAACAGAAUGGACGAUAAGUAGGCAAUGUACCAAAUCAGCAGUAUCGCUUUUUCACUGCGACGUAUUGAUUUUCAAAUAAUGAAUCAAAGUAGUAAAGUUUGUAUUGGUAUAUAAUCAAAAACGACAAGUAACCACACUUGGUGUGCAUGGGUUCCACGGUACAUUUACCAUUGCCAGCAUGGCUCCAGUGUUCUCUUACAGUUCAACCUGCUUGGUUUUCGUGUUUGCCAUAACAAUGGUUGCAAUUUCAGAUGACUGUCCAUCUACCUGUAGUUGUCCAUCAAAAACAAACGGCCAGACAGUAUUAUGCUCUUCAAAAGGCAUACGUGUUGUGCGUUUCAAGAGGUUACCGAAGAGGACCGUUGAAAUAAACCUUUCAGACAACCAGAUAAAAGCCAUCACGAAAGACUCAUUUCCUCUAAACAAAAUGGUAACGAAAUUGGACCUUAGAGGAAAUCAUAUAGAAUACAUUGAGCCAGGAUCUUUUGCUAAUCUACCAUCACUUGUUCGACUGUACUUACAAGUAAAUCAAUUGAGAGAAGUCCAGAAAGAUACCUUCUCUGGGUUGCGAAAUAUCAAGCACUUGAACAUUUCACAAAAUAGACUUCUAUACAUUCACCAAAACGCAUUCUCUGGUGCAAGGAAUCUCCGGAAAAUAUCCCUGAAGCAAAAUCAACUGACUACAUUUCGAAAGUUUACAUUCCCAAACAGUUCAAAAGUUGAGCUCGAUGGAAACGAUAUAAUAUGUGACUGUGAUAUCAGAUGGCUUGUGAUGAGAUCAAGAAAUAGAAAGAGAGGUCCUAGUUUAGGCAGUAAAUGUAAAUAUCCCAAGCAGCUCGCUGGAACAAGGCUGAAAAGUCUUGGCGGACGGUCAUGGAACUGCAAGGAUGUUGAUUUUGAGAUGCCGGGAUUCAAUAUCUUGCCAGUUCAUAGUCAGGUUGUUUUCCAGAACGAUUCGAUUCAGCUUACCUGUUCGAGUAUGUGGCAACCCAGAGGACGCUUGGAAUGGGUUGUCAAACGCCAUUCAUUGCUUCAAACAUCUGUCACAGCCUAUGGUGACAUGAACACACGUGAAAAUAAAAGUGUUCUUUUAAUUAAAAGAUCGGACCUUCAUCAUAGCGGUGAUUACCUCUGUCGUGCAGUCAUAUCAAAUGCUGGUGAAAUGGCAAAACCAAUAUCACUGACCGUUAUUGGCUGGCAAACCAAAUUUUGUGUACUUCAACGAACAUCAAGUGAUAAAGGGACAUUUUUUUGGCGAAGCACUGUUGCUGGUGCUGUUGCAACAAGCUCGUGUCCUUUUGGUGACAAGAAAUUGGCACACAGACGGUGUGCAAAUGAUGGUGAAUGGGAGUCUGCCGAUACCUCAAACUGUUUGUUCAAAAAUGUUUUAACAAGAGAGCUGGAAGCAUUAUUCAAGAGAGAUGUAAAUGAGACUUCCUUGAAUCAAAUAUUGUUGGAUCUAGGCAACAUCAUUGAAACGUAUAAAAGGAAUAUUACAGAAAAUGUACAGAUAGAGCUGAUCGCAAACUUGUUUGCAGAAAUGGGAACCAUGAAAGUGGUAUCAAGAAGCAGACUCGAGAGGGUGAGGGCAAGCAUUGCAAGUAUGAUUACCGAUUUUAUGUCCAGAGACAGCAAAACUUUGGGAAAGAAUGAGCAAGAAGACGGGGAUAUGACAAAUCGGCUGCUGGCUGUCCUCGAAAAGUUUAUGAUGGAUUCUCUCGAUCGUGAGAUUCGUGAUAGCGCCGAGGAUACACCGGUUGUGCUGCCAGUCACAAGCAGUGUUGCUGCGUUUUCACGUAGUUACAGGCCUGGUCACCCUCAAAGCCUCGUCUGCAAUGCCCUGUUCAAGAACGCUACAUAUCCUGACACCGGUGUUCUUGGAGAGUGCUCAGAGUAUACAAAUAAAACAAGCCGUAUUGAGGGUAUCGAUGUUCAGUUAGUAAUACCAAGCGUUGUUUUCUCGUUGUCGAUGGGACAUAAAUUCAAUAGCUCCAGUCAACUUACAAACGUUACCUUUAUCGCCUACAAAACUGCAAGGCUUUUUGCCGACUCGAAUUUGCAAGGCAUCGAAUCGAGAACUGUAAACACCACCAUAAAUAGUGCUGUCAUUGGAGUACGUGUUCAAGUACCAGGAAUGAACAAUGCUGACAUCGUGACAAGUGAAAGUCUUCUAUUGAUGUUUAAACAUUUCAAGAUGGGACACAACCCGAGACUUGUUUAUUGGUCAGGUGAAAGUGCAGGUGUUAGGAAAAGAUGGAAAAUUAACAACAAGUGCAAAUUGGUUACCGAAGCGAAAACGUUUUCAAAGUUCAUGUGCUCGGAGUUGCUUAGUCAUAUGACAUAUUUCACAGUCAUUAUGGAAAUCAAGAAAGAGGCCCAACUGCUUGCCACAUUUGAGCUUGAGUUUGUCACUCACGUUGGUGCUGGCAUUUGUGCAUUCUUUUUGCUUUUGACCUUUUUUACCUACGCAGCCUUCAGGGAACUUCGAUACAACAGAAAUGACGCAGCUACACUUAUGAAUUUGUGCCUUGCUUUGAUUGUCGCUGUUUUGCUAUUUGUCACCGGUAUAAACAGAAUAGAAAACCAGUUGCUUUGCAAGGCCUUCGCUGUUCUUCUUCAUUACUUCAUUUUAUGUUGCCUGCUUUGGGUUGGCUGUGGAGGUGCGUGCAUGACGGUCCUUGUAAAAAAGGGUCCGGAUAAGGAAGAAUACAACCCAGUACUGAAGUACUAUUUGAUAUCUUGGGGGUUACCGAUGAUAGUCUGUGGAAUCACAUUGGCUGGUAAUGUCAAAAAUUAUAAUGCCACAACCUACUGUUGGCUGACCUCCCAGGCAUCGAUCGGCGCUUUCAUUAUACCUGGAGGCCUUGUGCUAAUCAUCAACAUUAUCAUCUUCCUGCGUCUACAUGCCCUUGUAAAUCGCAAGUACCCAGAACAUUUAUCAAGAGAUGAACCAGAUAAUAAUUUGUUGUCGGAUCGUAAUUCAAGGGCAAGUAACAUGCGAAAGUCGGACUUCCAUUUCCCUGAUCGAGGUGAAUUGCUUGACUUUGUUAAAGGCAGCCUCCUUGUCAUGUUAAUUUUGUGCAUUGACUGUGGUUUUGUUGUCAUGAUUUUUGUCAACAGGGAUGGCUCUUCACGAUAUCUGUACCACCUUUUCAGCUACGGUUUUGCCAUAUCAAACAUGAUUUUAGGCCUUUCAAUGUUCAUCUUUCACUGUGUACGCCGGGAAGACGUUCAUGUUUGUUGGAAGUCCUUAUUUCACGGCAAGCGGGCACUGAAAGAUGUUCCAAUUGCAGCUGAAAACGAGAUUUUGUUGGAGUCAGCCAAUGAUGCCAUUAAAUCUUCACAGGUUAGGAAUGAAUCAGGAGUUUCUGCCAUGAUAUCCGAACGCAAUAACGACCAUUCUGAUGUCAUUUCAGCAUUGUCUUUAGCACAGUCUCACUUCACUCAUGAUGUUCCAUCUUCAAGGCCUUCUUCUAUUUUUGGUCCAAGUGCAGGUGACCCAAAGUUGCACAACCGACACGGCAUUGGAAAACUAACGUUGCCAAGUUAUGAAAACACAAAGCCUGUGCAGCGCGCGUCAGGGUCUGAGUCCGCACAAAACCCUGCAGUCCCUUCUGCUCCACCGCUUCCUUUAACGGGUUUUGCAGCUUAUCCACCUUCAACAUUGCCAGAAACUGUCACCCAAUUCAAUGAAAGACCAGUAAACAGCACAAUGCAUAAUGCUUAUACCCCGGACUUCACCAUUACUACUGUGUCUGAAAGAACGUUCUCUGAUACCAGUAAUCUGCACUCGGAUGCAAGACCUGUUGCCAAACAGCAGGAGACACCGCGCGAAAACUUUCCAUCUGAACAAAGCUCAAAUGUAGAUCCUGCUUCCAGGUCAAAUAAUCCAGCUAUUCUUCCCCUUCGAGGCAUUGUUGCUCCAAACUGGAAACCAGUGCGGCAUGGCGGAAGCUCGGCAGUUUUCUAUCCCUAUGUAGAUCCAGGCUUCAAAGCUUUACAGUCUCCUGGACCAAAUUCUCUCAACUCUGUGCUCACGUCUGUAUCCUCUGCACAGACGAAUGUUUUACAGGCGACCGGUCAAGGAGACCCGCUACCAACUAUUGGCGCUUUUACUAUCCCUCAAAGGUCUGAAGUGAUCGGAGCAGCCAGCUCUAACAAACCACUUAGCAACGGAAGCCGUACAGAAGAGGAACAAACGGUAUCAAAGCUUCAAAGCGAGACUGAAACAAAAAUUGAAAGUGAUAUUCAGGCUUCAAGUAUAAAAACUGAAAAAACAAAGAGAACCAGGUCUUCUAAUCGUAGGCGCAGGGUCAAGAGUAAGACUAGAUUUGAAGACUUGCCAGUGGAAAAGUGUCUUGUAUAUGUCCCAUUGAUGCCACAGCAGGAAAAGCCUAUCCCUUCGCGAAACGAAACAAGUGUUUGAAUAAGUAUCGUUUGCUGGAUUUGCCACUGCCCUUUUGCAAGCAAGUUUGCUUUUUGAGUUUGUUUCACCGAGAUGAAAAUGAAAGUUCGGCACUUUCAUUUUAUGACGAAUACCUUGUUCUGUUUGAAUGAUGGCAUUUUGGUCAGGUAAUACAAUUGAAGCAAGCUCGCUGCAAAAGAUCUAGAAUCGUCUGCAGAAAAAGAGCAUGAUCAGUUUUAUCUUUGCCGGGGUUGGUUGUCACGUUUUUUGUGACAAUUCUAUCUGGUUAGCAGUUGUGUAACUAACAAAACGAAACUAUUUUUUUGUUUAUCCAUAAGAUGAGGUGCAUCUAUUUAUUUGUGAAAUAAGUGAUUUGUUUCACUCAGUUUUUCUACUAGUUUUUUUACUAAUUUUAUUCUUAAACUGAGUCAACGCCUCGCUAAUACAAACUUGCUACCCUACUUUGUUAUUGAACCAUGCUACGUGUUAUUUUUAACCGGCCCCCAAACUUAUAGCCAGAAAUGUUUUAUUGCUCAACAACCCAUAACAAUAUACCGUUUCUUGAUAAAUCAUUAACAAAUGUUUUCAUUCAGAAAUUAGGCCGUUCCAGAAAGAGCAAACCAUUUGUUAGAAAAAUUAAAACUACCAUUAACCGAUUUCAUGAAGACUGCCCGUCUUUUCAUAAAUUACUGUGGUGAACGAGACGGGGCCCUUAGGUUAGUUCAUAUUCAAAUUUUCGAUCAGCAAAUCUCUAAUAGAUGCACUUAGAUAGCAAAAGAGGAAAGUCUCUGACUGAAGACCAUAGAAGCUCUCGUUUCUAAGUUGAUAUAAAGUUAAUAACAGCGUAGCAAUGUAGCUGCAUAAAGAAACUACGUAUUGUCAAAAGUAAAGGCCUUUGUUUGCAGUAAGGCAUACCGCAUAUCAUAGUGAUUAACUUGGUAAGUUUCAAGAUCACUCGAGUUGUUUUAA